CCUCGCUUUUCUUUGCUUCUUUUUCAUACUUCUUUUCACACAUAUUUGCGAACACUUUAUUGUCCUCGCUACACAUACACACACAUGUUUGCCCGCAUUUCCAUCGCCCGCCGCACAGCCCGGACUGUUGCCGCUCGCUUUCACACAGCCGUCAUAAAUGCCGAGGCAUCGCAAUUCACAAUGCCGGCUCUGUCGCCCACUAUGACUGAGGGUGGUAUCGCCCGCUGGGAAAAGAAGGAGGGUGAGUCGUUUUCGGCCGGUGAUCUGCUGGUGCAGAUCGAGACGGACAAGGCCCAGAUGGACGUUGAGGCCCAGGACGACGGCGUCUUGGUGAAGAUCCUGGUGCCCGAGGGCACCCAGGGUGCAACACCCGCACCCGCACCGACUCCUGCACCUGUUGCUGCUCCCGUAGCCAAGCCUGCAGCUGCUGUGGCGGCUGCUGUCCAGUCGCACGGCGCAGAGGACAACUCCGCCCAGGGUAAGCUUGCGCCUGCGGCUGCCUUUGCCAUCCAUGUGAACCACAUCUCCAACGCCAGCGAGAUCCAAGGAUCGGGCCCCAAGGGCCGCAUUCUCAAGGGCGAUGUGCUGCAGUUCCUGAAGGGGGCAAGGCCGUCAUCAACAAGGAUCAGCAACACCCGCCAGCACCCCUGCAAGAAGCCCGCUGCUGCUGGCUCAACUGACGCUGAGACCGCGUUCCUCGUGCAGUCUCUCGAGCCCUCGCUAGAGCUAGCCAAGAAGAGUACAACCGUGCAAGUUCCGGCCGAGAAGCUGGUGAAGCUGAUCAAGUCCAAUAAGGCUCUGACAGACAGCGCGUUUGUUCUCCGCGCGGCCGCUCUUGCCCUGCACCAGGUCUCGCUGUCCAAGGAUGGAAACACUCGGGUUGGUAUUGCCGUCGAGGGAUCCCGGGCGCCCAGCGUAAUUGAGAUCACCGAUGCAUCGACCGCCAGCGUUCUGGACCUGGCUGCUGCCAUUAAGGAGGCCAAGAAGAUCGGUAAGACUGCCGCUGAGUUGCCCGCGGUUGUGCUGGCACCAGAGGGCCUGUACACUCCCGAGAUGCUUCCCAAGGCCACCACGGUUAUUGUCGUGGGCAAGCCCCAUGAUGUUGUUUCGUCGUCAGACGCCAGUGCGGCGCUCGACAAUGCGCUCAGCGAGUUGAUUGGCGGUGCUGUGCGUGCGCUGCCUGCUAAGAAGACCUCGAGCGCUAUUGAUGUCAGCGUCAUCAGCGAGUCGCCGGCUGCUGCGGCGUAUGCGAGCAAAAUUAAGGCGUUCCU